CCUCCUGUAGCCAUGGGUCCCACGCACCACUUUUCCCCACAUCCAUCCUUAUCUCUUUCACGCGGGGUGCUCAGCUCAGCCAUUCCUUUCCUCAGCACGCCCCACCAUUUUUCUCUCCCAUCCACUUCUUCAGCUGACACCGGAGUGCUACGCGACCACUGCCGGUGCCGGCAACGACGACCACCGGCGCUGGAGCAGAGCUGCAACCACGGCGACGGGAAGCUACAACCUUGGGUAGGCGGAGCUGCAACCGAUGCUUGUUUGAGUUGCAUCCGACGGUGCCGUGCCGACGGGCGCGAGCUACAACCGGUUGCUAUGGGAGCUGCAGCCAUCGGUGGUGGAGCUGCAACCAACGUUUGGCAAGCUGCAUCCAACGGUGCAAAGCUCCACCCGCGGGUUCACCGGUGCUGGAACUGUCAGCCGUCAUUUACCUGCAAGUGCUGCAAAUUGAAAACCAUGGUGAGCCGGCCGGUGACGCCGUGCUUCGAAUGGGGUGUGCGAGCUGCUGGAACCGGCUUUGGGAAUGACGGUGAGAUUGGAAGGGCAUGUGACGAUGGCGACGUCGAGCAGCGGCGAGGGGCGGCGAGUUGUGGUCAGGGGUAGCGAGCUGCGGCGACAGAACAUGGGGGACGCCGGCGAGCUGCAGCGACGGACGUGGCGGACGCCGGCGAGCUGCAGGGACGGACUUGGCGGCGGAUCCAACAGUGCUUCAAGCUAGUGUUUUUUUUUGGCUAGACACAGGCGAAUCUGCUUCAUUGUGUUGCCAGAUCAGAUGGUUGCCAGGCGACCGGCCGAAAGUUGGGCCGGUGCGCCGGCGCCUAUCACUGCCUAUAUGAUAGCUGGUCCUGAUCAAGAAAACUAACUCUGACACAUUAGUUUUAGAAAUAUUUACAUUUUGUGUAGCAAGGGCAACCCCAGUUCCACUAACAGAAACAACCAGUGUACAUGUAACGCAAAACCAAAAGGAAAUAAAAAAUAAAUCAAAACAAAUAGAAACAACAAA